AUGCCGGCAAUUUACAAUUUCAAAAAGAUAACGGUGGUUCCGUCCGCUGCGGAUUUGAAGGAAAUAGUUCUUUCUAAGACACAACGGAAAACACCAACCGUGGUUCGUCGUCAUUUUGCAAUCAGCCGGAUCCGGUCAUUUUAUACACGAAAGAUUAAAUUUUUGCAACAAGUUUUGCAUGAUAAAUUGACACAAAUUAUCGAUGAAUUUCCAAAAAUGGAGGAGGUUCAUCCAUUUUAUGCCGAUCUCAUGAACAUUUUAUACGAUAAGGACCACUACAAGAUUGCUUUGGGACAAAUGAACACUGCUCGUCAUUUGAUCGAUGGUAUUGCACGAGAAUAUGUUCGCCUAAUGAAAUAUGGCGAUUCAUUAUAUCGGUGUAAAAUGCUAAAACGAGCAGCACUUGGACGAAUGGUAAAGCUACUAAAGCGCCAGAAAUCAAGUUUUGAUUAUUUGGAGCAAGUGAGGCAGCAUCUUUCUCGUUUACCAACAAUUGAUCCAAACACGAGGACAUUAAUACUUUGUGGUUUCCCAAAUGUUGGUAAAUCGUCAUUGAUGAAUUUGUUAACUCGUGCUGACGUUGAAGUACAACCUUAUGCAUUCACCACUAAAGCUCUUUAUAUUGGACAUCUUGAUUAUAAAUAUCUCCGUUGGCAGGCCAGUGCUAAUUCUUUAUUCCUAAUUAGAGAAUGUUUGAUAGAAGUUAUUGAUACACCUGGUAUUUUGGAUCAACCUUUAGAAGAGCGUAAUACAAUUGAGAUGCAAGCGAUCACUGCACUUGCACAUUUACGUGCUGCAGUUUUGUUCAUUAUGGAUAUAAGUGAAACAUGUGAUCAUACGAUUGAAGAACAAGUAGCACUGUUUGAAAGCAUUCGUCCAUUAUUUGUAAAGAAACCAGUAUUAAUUGGCUUAAAUAAGGUGGAUAUUGUAAAGCUUGAUGAACUAAAGCUGGAGAAAAUGGAGCAACUGAAAAGAUUGGAAGACAGUUGUUUAUCUAUGUUUGAACUUAGCGCUGUUACACAAGAGGGAAUAAUGGAUUUCAGAAAUACGGCGUGCAAUCAUCUUUUGACACAACGUGUUGAAAACAAAUUGCAGUCGAGGAAGUUAGCAGUUGAAGAUGGUGUGUUAAACCGUGUGUUUGUUGCUUAUCCUGUUCCAAGAGAUGAUAAAGUACGUGCACCGUAUGUACCGGAAGCAGUUAUAAAGAAAAAGUUUUGGGGUAGUAAUAAUACCAAUAACGAGAAAGUUGCGAGAAUACGAAAGUUAGAGCGCCAAAUUGAACUGGAAAUGGAAGACGAAUAUAUACUUGAUUUGAAGAAACAUUAUUUACUGAAGAACGAUGAAGAAAAAUACGAUGUUGUGCCCGAAAUAUGGGAAGGACAUAAUAUUGCCGAUUUUGUUGCAUCGAAUAUCAAAGAUAUGUUAGAGUCAAUCAAGAAAGAGGAAGAAGCAAAGAUUCAAGCCGGAUACUAUGAUGAAGAUUUGAUUUUGGAUGAUGAUAAGACGAGAAAAUUGCUUGAAAAUGCCGAAAAAAUCAUGGAAAGAGAGAGUCGGCUGAAAAUGGCUUCACAAGUUAAAAAGAGCAUUACGAAACCACGUUUAAGUCGUUCCGUGGUAAGAAAACGGAAUAGAACUAUGGCAUGUUUUAAAGAACAGUUCCGGGAUCUUGGUGUUGAUAUUGAUCCAUCACAGUUGAAGAACUUGGCUAAAGAACAACUGAAAGAGCCUACUGUCAAAAAAAUACGGGUGGGAAAAAGUCCAAACCUGGUUGCUAGUCGACCGCCUAGUCGUGAUAUCCAGGGUAUAAAGGAUGACGAAAUGCGAGAAAUGACGAAGAAAGUUGGACGAAAGAAGCAGAGAAAUUUGCAACACGAAGCAAGGAAAGGUGAAGCUGACAGGCAUAUCUUUGCCAAACGUCCGAAACACUUGUUUUGUGGCAAGCGUGGGCUCGGGAAAACAGAUAGGCGACAGAAGGAGAAAUUGGAGGACAAGAACAAUGCACUCUCCGCAAAACAAGGCGAAGUCGAUUGCAGUGAAGAAGUAGAAACUCUGAUGACAAAAUCUCCGAGAAAGCAGCGUCGUCCAUGGCGAAAUAAAGUUCGCAAGAAAGCUGCUAAGGAAGCGAAAAGAAAACUGAGGGAAGAAAAAGAUAUUGAACAUUCCAUUCCCUUAAGUGAUGUGCAAAUGAGAAAAAAAAAGAAGAAAAGUAAAGUUAAGAAGACUAAAUACCGUGACGGCCUAAGUGAAAAUGGAGCAUUGAAUAGAGAAGAAAUAAUUGACGUAGAAGAAAUGAAUUCUUCGUUAUUUCGAUAUAUCAAUGAGCAAUUAUAUACUAUGAGUGGUGCGGAAGCUAUGGAACUGUUCCGGAAGGAUCCGCAGUCUUUCGAAUUGUACCAUAAAGGAUAUCAGAAACAGGUAAAGAAAUGGCCGUGUAAUCCUGUUCAUAUCAUUAUUCAAUGGAUAAAAUCGCUGAAACAUGAUGGUUUAAUAAUUGCUGAUUUGGGCUGUGGAAGUGCAACGAUUGCUGAGAAAUUGUCACAAAUAGCCACCGUACACUCUUUCGAUUUGGUUGCCACGAAUGAUCGCAUUACGGCGUGUGACAUGUCAACGGUCCCGCUACACAAUGAAUCAGUGGAUAUUGUUGUUUUUUGUCUUUCAUUGAUGGGAACCAAUCUGAACGAAUAUUUAAGGGAAGCGAAUCGAAUAUUGAAGAAAGGUGGUUUUUUGAAAAUAGCCGAAGUUGCCAGUCGAUUCAUAAGUGUAAAACAGUUCGUGCAUGCCAUAACAAAAAUGGGAUUUGAUAUGACUGGAAAGAUGAUAAAAGAUGGUGGUUAUUUUGUUGUUUUGGAAUUUAUCAAAACUGGUAAAGUGAUGCAGAAACGACCUAUUGGGUUGAAAUUGAAGCCUUGUUUGUAUAAAAAGCGAUAA